AUGGAGAACGUCCAGGAAAACUACUUGGUUGGUAUCACUGGCGAGGACAAGUGUGUCCGCGUCUUCCAAAUCGACUCCCAGAACUCGCUGCAGCAGCUAAGCGAAAGGAACCGUAAGACCUUGGAAGAACAGCUCAAACAGAAAGCCAAGGGGCUUGCAAAAUCCAAGGAGCCUAUGCGGUUCAAACACCAACUUCUCCUUGGCCAUGUCUCCAUGCUCACAGAUGUCGUGUAUGCGAAGGUCAAUGGCCGAAGCUACAUCAUAACAGCAGAUCGUGACGAGCACAUCCGGAUCUCACGGGGCCUGCCGCAAGCACAUAUUAUCGAGGGCUUCUGUUUCGGACACGAGGCGUUCAUCAGCAAGCUUUGCCUUACACCGUCUGGUCUACUUGUAUCUGGGGGUGGAGAUGACCAUCUCUACGUCGACGAGAUUCUUGUAGCAUGUGAGGGUGUGCCAGCGCUGUUCCACUUCAAAAUGGGCGAUGCACAUGCAAACCAUAUUCCCCUAGCCGGCAAUGCGCUGGACGUAGCCAUGAUCCAAACGCCAAUAAGCCCAAUGUGCCUGAUUAUCUCGAUAGAUAAUAUUCACAAGGCAGGCUCGACGACAGAAGUCCGAGAUGACAAGGUGCCGAGAUUGCAAUACUUCUCUAGACAGGCAGAUGGCGAAUGGGUAGAAGAUGCGCAUAUCGCGACGGCAUUAUCGGGCUUCGCGCAUGGUAAGGAAGCGGACAGUAACGGCUUGGACGCGGGCGAAAGCGUAGUCCGAAGCAUGCUCUACAAUGUUGAAAACCUGAGAAAGCGGCCAGGUGCUGAUGAUUAG